AUGGCAUCGCCCAAGUUGCAUCCCGCCGAGUCAUCGCGCAGAUCAAGCAGCGAACACAGCCAAGGCAUGGCUGCUGCACGUCGCGAUGACUGUGGGGGAACUUCAACCAUGGUUGAUGCCGGGCAUGGCGCAGAUACGGCUGUGCAGGGCACACCGAACCGCGAUGAACAUGGACGCGGCUGGCUUGCGCAGCGACUAGAGGGUGAAGUUACCCUCAAGCAUGCAGACAUCAUAUUCCUUUUCUGCUACUUCCUGUCCGGACUGUGCGACAGCUCUGUUUUCAGGGCCUGGGGAUGUUUUGUUAGCAUGCAGACCGGCAACACCGUUUUCCUGGGCCUCGGAGCCUCAGACUACGCGUUCCGAAAAACCUCCAAGUGGCUCAAGUCCCUGGUUUCCAUCUGCUCGUUCGUGAUCGGCAGCUGCGUCUUCUCCAUGAGUAGAUGGAUCGGUCCGCAGAAGCGGCGCACCCUCGUCAGCACAUUCGCGAUCCAGUGCGCCCUCCUCAUCAUCGCUGCAUCCCUGCUCCAGUCUGGCGCGAUUUCGGGGAAGACGGGACCCCAAUCCAGCAGCGGCAGCGGCAGCGGCAGCGGGAUCGUCACCGCAGAUGACCCCCAGCCGGACAAGGCCAUGUUUCUCGAACUCGUCCCCAUUGCGCUCGUUGCCUUCCAAUCCUCCGGGCAGAUGGCGGCCAGCCGCCUUCUCGGAUUCAACGAGAUCCCCACGACCGUCCUGACCAGUCUGUACUACGACCUCGCGUCCGAUCCGGGGCUGCUACUGCCCCUAUCGCAGAACGUAAAACGAAACAGACGGCUCAACGCCGCGAUUGGCGUUAUUGCCGGCGCAAUCUUUGGCGGGUGGCUGGCGCGCGCGACUGGGGGCAUCGAGACGGCGUUGUGGAUUGCGGCGGCUAGCAAGUUCGUGAUAGCGAAUAGCUGGUUGUUCUGGAAGGGAGAGCAGAAGAUCCCGUCGCCAGUUUGA